AGAGUUUCAGCCGCUCUACUCGAAUUUUGGUUGUACGCAAACACAGAGACUGCUGUUAGUAUUAUUAUUAUCUAUUCUUUUCUUUCACGCCCGUCACUUGCAUCUUCUUUUUCUUUUAUUUGCUCCUAGCGUUUUUGUUUCUUUGUAUAACCCUGAGAGCGUUUUUGCGAAGGUGGUUUGUGCACUUUGGGGGAUCUAGCUUUUCCAGUUAUUAUACAUUUCUUACUCUGUUUUUAUUAUUAUUUCUGUCUGCUUCGUUCUCCACGUUAGAAUCGCCGAAGGUCCACCAGCCGCAAGCGAUCUUCACAAGGGGGAGGACCAACAAAAGAAAAGCUUUUGUUUCAUCUUUUUAACUUCCGUCUUUCAACUGUCUCGCAAAAAAAAAAAGGAAGAAGAAGAAAAGGAAGCAAGCGAGCGAGCGAUAUACACAUAUAUUGUCACUUCACUGCUUCACAGCGAAUCUUUGUUUCUCUUUCUCUUUUCUCUCUCUCUCUCUCUCUUGCUCUCUAUCGACAACGGCGUCGAAGAAGUGCCCACGAUGAACCAGUUUGACGAUGGCUUGGGGAAAGGAAAGCCGGGCAAGGCACCGGCGCCGAUGGAUGCCGGCAUUCCGGUUGGUCGUAACGGAGCAAACACAUUCGGCAACGACGGGGCCGCGUAUCAGUACCCGGAGGCAGAGAUCAACUACGACCAGCUGGACGGUGCGCCAGUCGACGGUACCCCUCUUUACCCCGACGCCGUGAUGCACAACCCGAAGCUGUCCCGCUUCCGCAUUCAUGGGUGCAAAGACCUGUGGGCUGCCGUUCUCUUUGGCAUCCUGGUUCUCUUUUCCAUUAUCUGGAGCAUCGUGCAACUUGCCACUUACACAUACGAACCGGGCAAGGGCGUUUCGCCUGCGUUUGAUAACGGCAGUUCUGUCCGCGUGGCGUGGGUUGCGGGCGUGUGCGCCGUUGCAGUCGGCGGGUCUCUCGUGACUUCGUUUGCGCUGCUUGUGGUCGCGCAACGCAUGCCGGUGCAGAUGAUCUACAUUGCGAACAUCCUCACGAUUCUCAUGUUUAUCAUCUCUGCGAUUAUGGCCUUUGUGCGAAUCGACAUUGUCGUUGGCAUUCUCAUGCUGGUCUGUGCAGCCUUCCAGGCUCUGUGGCUGUUCCUCGUGCGCGACCGGAUACCGCUGGCAGCGACGCUGCUCUGCACUGCGGCGAAGCUGAUUUCGAAGUACAAGUCGAACUUUGUGCUCAACAUCGGGCUGUGCGUCGUGAUGUUUGGGUACAUUGUGCUGUGGGGCUUCGGCGUUGCAGCGCCGAUCGACCGCCUCAACCGGCGCAAGGGCAACGGCGGCCACGGCUUCGCGAUUGGACUGCUGGUGUUCGUGCUGCUGUGGGUGUGCCAGGUCGUGCCGAAUGUGAUGCACGUGACGGCCUCUGGCCUGAUCGCGACGUGGUACUACGCAGGGUCAAACAAUAUGCCCCCGCAUCCGACUAUCGCUUCCUUCAAGCGGGCGACAACGACAAGCUUCGGCUCCAUCUGCUUCGGCUCCCUCAUCGUCGCCAUCAUCCAGUUUCUGCGCUGGCUGCUGGAGUCGUCGCGCGACAACGAAAACGGGUUUGUUCGCUGCUGCGUGGAUUGCAUGCUCCGCUGCAUCGAGAACAUUGUUCAGUACUUUAACCGAUACGCAUUUGUGCAUGUGGCCAUCUACGGCUGCGGCUACAUCGAAGGCGCAAAGCGCACAUUUGAGUUGUGUCAGCAGUGCUUUUUCGCGGCAUACUUCAACGACUGUCUGGUGGUGCCCACGCUGAACAUGUUCACCUUUGCCAUUGCCAUUCUCUUUGGCAUUAUAGCGGGUGUGGCCUCGUCGUCGUGGCCGGUCGGCGUGCUCGUGUUUUUCAUGUCUGCUCUCGUGCAUCAGCUGGUAUUCACCGGCGUUGACAGCGCUGUGACGACGAUCUUUGUGUGCUUCGCGGAGAACCCAGAGGCACUGCGCGAGUCGGACCCGGAGCUGUACGCGGCGAUCCAUGCUGCUGAUGCCAACGGCACGAACAACAACGCGUCACCACCAGUUUAA